GCCAAUUUACUCGUCAACAAUACCAAAAAGAGAAAAAAAUACCCGAUCGAUGACUCAAUAGGCCAUAUGAAUAAAGCUGAGUAAAAGUUUCACAGAGAUUUUCUCCACGGCUUCACAUAGAUUUAGUAAAGAGUAUUUACUCAACUUUAUUCAUACGGCCUAAUGUACUAAAAAUAGCUUCCAGACUUAAGGGAUUUUUUCACAAACGGAUAUAAACUUUUCGAAUUUUUUUGACUAUUUUCGGCGAAACUGAUAAACGUUAAGAAUUAACUUUGAUUGGACACUGAGCGGGACAAAAAAAAUCAUCUCCCUAGAACUAUUCCAGUACAAAUGAUAGGUGAUGUAGCUCGAAGGCUAAAGUAAUACAUUAUUAAUAGUCAAAGGUUUUCACAUAAAUGUAUGUGGUAUUUGUGGAACAGUGGACUGGUUUCCGGCAACCCUAGUUGCUUAAUUCUUGCUUUUAUUAUUGUUCGUGCAGUUGCAAAUCGGAAUUUUCGACACACGCAAAUCCUUUUUUCUUCUAGAUCGUGCGUCGGACGUACGUCGGGCAUAGCGCGCUGGAUAGAGGACCAGCGCACUAUGUUCUACGUUAGGUUUCAUGUAUGGAUCUGGAGAAAAGUCGAUUGUCGCGUGUGGGGAAACAUCGUGCAUCGGGUUUCAAUCGCGAUGUCAAUAUUAUAUUAUAUGUUAUCUGCAAUAUUGGCAGAGAAAGUUUUUAGUUUAUAUCAGUAAAAGAGUUCAUAAGAACAUCAAGCUAAGAAAUCCAGCCGAACUUCUGCCUACAAUAGAAGAAAAAUUAUUCGCGUUUUUCAAUCAGGCAGCAAGCAGCUCAGGAUACACCCAAAAAACAGCAAGUAGCUCAAACCGAAACAAACAAAAUGCUCAAACAACCUUCGAGAGAUCAACGAUAAAUCGGAGUUUGGAAGACCUCAAAGCCAUGUCAGUGGCUAGUUUGUAUGAGGAAGACGGCGAUGGAGCUAUCGAAAUGAAUACAGUCCGAUCAGAUGACACCAAAUCAGUUGCUUCCAGCGCAAACCUAAACAAUGACAGUAAUAAUACUCAGACUGCUACAAUGACAGAACAUUUGAUAGAAGAACCAAUUCAGCGAAACUCCGUAGUGAGCGAGGAGUGUCCAUGCAAUCCGUAUGGGGAAACUCCUUCCGUAAAUAAUUCUCUAUAUUUUGCCGAUGGCAUUAGGUCGGUGGAUUUUGUGGUGGUGUGGAAAACCGCUUUGGAGGAAGAAACUCAUCUGGAGGAGAUUCGCGAGAAAAAGCGCUUUAUCUAUGAGCAGAAUCUCGUUCGCGAUGGUCUAGAACUGGAGCGAGAAGUGAUAGAAAAUGAAAUUCAUUUUAUCAAGAUCCAUGCUCCUUUGGAAGUUUUACGAAGAUAUAGUGAAAUAUUAAAACUAAGAAUGCCCAUGAAAGAGUCGCUAUGUAUCGUGAAAAACUCGGAUAGGUUAAGUAGAUUGGCGAGUGCAGCACAAUUUAUCACUCAUAAGAUUCCAGGUAUGGCUGGUGUCAGGACUCGUACCACAUCCAUUGUGUCUCGGUUAAAAGGAUUUGCAGGAAAAGUAGUGCGCUAUUUUCUGAUUGAGGAGAAAUAUUUUCCACCACGCUCCCAUCGGUUCACUGCUGUGUACAGUCGUGAUAAAGAAUACCUCUUCGAUCUAAAACAAGCAUGUUUCUUUACGGCUGCAGUUCGAUCACGAAUAGUUCAAUUUAUCUUGGAUCGGAAACGGUUUUCGGAUGACUCCCGAAAUGAUUACGCAUUUGGAAUAGAACGUUUAAUAACAGAAGCAGUAUACAUAGCUGCAUAUCCAUUACAUGAUGGCGAGAUCAAUGUUUCCGGCAGCAUGCGGAAUCUUUUGUACACGAAGUGGGCAGCCGUUUCUAAGUGGUAUCGGUACCAGCCGUUGGACUAUAUUAAAGAAUAUUUUGGUGUAAAAAUAGGACUCUACUUUGCCUGGCUUGGAUAUUAUACAUAUAUGCUGCUGUUGGCAUCGAUUGUUGGAAUUCUAUGUUUUAUAUACUCAUGGAAAACGUUAAGAUAUAACACUCCAAGUGAAGAAAUUUGUUCCAAAGAAAACAGCAUAAUGAUGUGUCCUCUCUGUGAUCAUUGGUGCGAUUAUUGGGAAUUGAGUGAAACAUGUUUGCAUGCACGAGCCACAUAUUUAUUUGACAAUCCUACCACGGUUUUGUUUGCCAUUUUUAUGUCCUUUUGGGCGACUUUAUUUCUCGAACUUUGGAAGCGAUAUUCAGCGGAAAUAACCCACCGAUGGGAUUUAACUGGUUUCGAUGUCCAUGAGGAACACCCCCGUCCACAAUACCUGGCUCGAUUGGCACAUGUCCGUAGAAAGAAGAUCAAUGCUGUUACCAAUACCGAAGAACCUCAAGUUCCUUACUGGCGAAUGAAGCUACCUGCUACAAUACUUAGUUUUUCCGUUAUUUUGUUGCUUGUUUGCCUUGCGAUAGUUGCAGUUUUAGCUGUAGUUCUUUACAGAAUGUCGGUACUUGCCACUUUAAGUGUUUAUGGAGAUGAAGUGACUACCUCAGUCGCCAUUCUUUUCACGACAGCUACGGCUGCAACGAUAAACUUGUGCUUGAUAGUAGUGUUCAACUGGAUGUACACCUACCUAGCGGAAUGGCUUACAGAGCGAGAGCUACUCAGAACACAGACGGAGUUCGACGAUUCAUUGACAUUGAAAAUUUAUUUACUCCAAUUCGUAAACUACUAUGCCUCCAUAUUUUAUAUAGCAUUUUUCAAAGGAAAGUUCAUUGGGUAUCCAGGCAAUUACAAUAGGUUUUUCAACUUUAGGCAAGAAGAAUGUGGCUUUGGGGGCUGCCUAAUGGAACUUUGUAUCCAGCUAGGGAUCAUAAUGAUCGGCAAACAAGCAGUUAAUACUGCCCUUGAAAUGGCAAUCCCAAUAUUCUACAAGUGGCUCAAUUCUUUGAAAGUUCGCAUUGGAAAACAACGCAAUCAGUCUUUGAAAAGCAAGGGUCAACGUUUUGUAAAAGACCUCAAGCUAGUCGAGUGGGGAUCCCGAGGUCUCUUUCAAGAGUAUUUAGAAAUGGUGCUACAAUAUGGCUUUGUUACAAUUUUCGUUGCGGCUUUCCCACUGGCACCGUUUUUCGCAUUAAUGAACAACAUUCUAGAAAUGCGACUUGAUGCCAAAAAACUACUUACCUUCUACCGAAGACCAGUCUCACAAAGGGUGCGUGACAUAGGAAUAUGGUACCGAAUUUUGGAUAGCAUUGGAAAACUAAGCGUUAUAACAAAUGGUUUUAUCAUAGCAUUUACAUCGGAUUUUAUUCCCAAAUUAAUCUAUCGCUUGAAUAUUUCUUCCGAUGGUUCCCUCAAUGGAUAUCUAAACUACACGCUUGCAUAUUUCAACACCAGUGAUUUUCAAAAAGGAAGCGAGCCUUUCCAAUCGCAAUAUAAUGUGACUAUAUGCCGUUAUCCAGACUUUCGUGAACCACCAGGGUCAACUAAUCCGUAUGAGAAAACAACGAUGUACUGGUUGAUUAUGGCGGCCCGACUUGCAUUUGUCGUUAUAUUUGAGAAUAUCGUUGCAAUUGUAAUGAUACUCGUUCGUUGGUGUAUCCCAGAUAUGUCCCAAGACCUACGAGACCAAAUUCGCCGUGAAGCUUACAUUACGAAUGAAAUUAUCAUCAAACAAGAAACCCUUCGAGCUAGAAUGGAUCGUGAAAAUGAAUUCGCUCAAGAUAUCAUUAAACCCAGAUCGCGGAUACCCAAAGAUACAUCAGACAACUCGUUCGUUCAGUUAGAGCGUCUUAUAUCUUCCAAUCUGUCCGGUUCGCAACUGGAUCUUUUCAUACAUAGUGAACGCGAGUCUAAUGCAGCAGGAAAUAAAAGCAAUGUCUGAAAUAUA